UUGAUUCCAUCGAAAUAAAAACAGAGCUGGUUGGAAUUAGGGCUAGGGCAAGGGUUUGAAUCGCCAUGGAUGCACCGCAGCAGCAGCAGCAGCAGCAGAGGAGGAGGCAAUCAUUGCCUCCAUCUUCUGGAGCGGAUCUCUGCAGCAUUGUGAUAAGGGUUAUUUUCCUCGCUUUGAUCCCGAUAAUGCUUUCAUUUUCAAUCUCAACAAGAAGCUCCAGUUUUUCCAUCUUGCAUCAAGUUCCUGAAGGCCAUGUUGGUGCAUAUUGGAGGGGUGGUGCUCUAUUGAAAACUAUCACUAAUCCAGGUUUUCACUUGAAGUUGCCUUUGAUAACCCAGUUUGAGCCCAUACAAGUUACGCUUCAGACAGACCAGGUAAGAGAUAUUCCAUGUGGUACGAAAGGUGGCGUUAUGAUCAGCUUUGAUAAGAUAGAGGUUGUCAAUCGCCUUCGUAAAGAGUAUGUGUAUGAAACUCUGCUCAACUAUGGCAUAAAUUAUGAUAAGACAUGGAUCUAUGAUAAGAUUCAUCAUGAGAUCAAUCAGUUUUGCAGCGCUCAUACUAUGCAGCAAGUUUAUAUUGACAUGUUUGAUCAGAUUGAUGAAAAAAUGAAAGAAGCCAUUCAAAGUGACUGUACACAUUAUGCUCCAGGUAUUGAAAUUAUCAGUGUUCGUGUUACAAAGCCAAAUAUCCCAUUGAGCAUUAAGCAGAAUUUUGAACUCAUGGAAGAGGAACACACUAAGGCUUUAAUCGCCAUAGAGAAACAGAAGGUGGCAGAGAAGGAGGCUGAGACCCAGAAGAAGAUAGCUUUGUCGGAAGCAGAAAAGAAUGCUCAGGUCAGCAGGAUUGUCAUGGAGCAGAAGCAUGAAAAGGGGAGCGUCAAGAGGCAGCAGGAGAUUGAGAACGAAAUGUACAUUGCGCGUGAGAAGAGCCAAACAGACGCCAACUUUUAUAGAGUGAUGAAGGAAGCAGAAGCCAACAGACUGAAACUCACACCUGAAUAUCUUGAGCUCAAAUUCAUUGAAGCCGUUGCCAAUAAUUCAAAGAUCUUCUUUGGAGACAAAAUACCUAACAUGAUAAUGGAUCAGAGACUGCUUGGUAACUAUCUUAAUGGUAUUGCGAGAAACGAGCAUGCACAGAUGUAGUGACAACCAGUUGAUUUAUACUUGAGAAGAAUAUAAACCAUGGUCAAUUUGAUCAGUUGGUUGAACUCUCAAAGUGAUGGGCCAUCUUUCAAACAAUCUUGAUCUAAGCUGUUGUGGUUAGACAUCAUUCACAUCUUUUUCAGGACUUCAUUCUUUCUAUGCCUAUGGUAGUUCAAUGUGGCUAGGCAAAGGGCUUGAAGGGCUGCACAUAGGUUUGAUGAAACUAAGAAAUAAGGUUAUAUGGACAAUUUGAUAGCUGUUUGAUCUGCUUCAUACUUCGGUUUUUGGAUGUGGAAUUCCUAUGUUUGUCGGAGGAGAAUGCUGCCACGGAGAUGGUGCUGAUUCCUAUGCAGACUAGUGCACUGGUGAAGAUAUAUGAGUGUAAUGAACCAUGCUUAGUUGUAAUGUCAUUUCUCUUGUUAUGUCAUAGAAUAAUCUGCAACCAGCAAAUCUGGGUCCCUUCUAGCCGCUGGAGGCUGAUGCCUUGGUUUUAUUUGAAGGUAACAGGAGCAGUGCUUGUGUUUUAAUGAGCCUGAGAACCUGUUCUUGAACAAGCUUAACUAACCAGUUGGUUAACCUUUGACA